AUGUCCUUCUCGGUCAUUGAUGGACCGCACGGCGGCUGCAUCCUUGCCUUGAUCGCUUGCACCUUCGUGAUUGGUAUGGACACCAUCGCGCAAGAUUUGGUCCGGAAUCACGGGGUAUCCUCGGCGCAGGCUGUCUUCAUGCGAAUGACGCUCACAAUUCCACCCCUGCUCGUCUGGUCCUACUUCUUCCAGAGCGACGUCUUCGAUCAGCUGGAUGUCCGAACCUCAGAGCCUCACGAAUCUGCUGUCUCGACAAUACCCCUCCUCAAACUCCCGCUAUACGAUGAUCAUGUUGGAGUCGAAGAUGACAUUCCGACGGCUCCCUUCAUUCCCGCUCAUUCUCUUGACGACGAUAAGCCGCAGCAUAGCGCCCAUGUCGCUCGACUGGUGUGGCUUCGGUCCUUGAUCUGCUCGGUAGGACUGCUAUGUGCCUACGCAUCUUUCGAGUAUACCGCCAUGUCUGAUAUUGUGGCAAUCAUGAAUACGCGCUUCUUUCCCGCCGCACUCUUGUGCUGGCUCAUCCUCGGCGAAAGAUGCAGUUGGCGACUCGUCAUGGCAGCUGCGAUCUCGACGGUUGCAGUCAUCUGCAUUGUUCAACCAUCAUUUCUGUUUCAACCUCGACUCCCUUCGAUCUCCGCACAGUACCAGCAGCGCUAUCUGGGCCAUAUCCUGGCUGUCAUGGCGACAUUAACGCAAGCUGCUGAUUUCGUAGCAAUGCGGAAGAUCGGACGGGACAUGGCGGUAGUGAGCAUCUUGAUGGCCUACGCUAUCACAGCGAGCACCGUCAGCCUCGUCUUAUACUUCUCACGGUUUGCAUCAGCCGCUCCUCCUCCCGGCCCUUGUGAGGCAUUGCUGACCCAAGUGAAGGGCGUCUCGCUCGCAUCUCAAAGCUUCUUCGUUAUGGCUUUGCAAAGAGAAACAGCAGCUCGGGUCUCAAUAGUCAGCUUCAUGCAGAUUGUCUUCGCAGUCCUAGCUCAGAUCGUAUUUCAGAGCGACGUGCCAAGCUUGCUGAAGAUCGGUGCGAUGCUGGCGAUCAUGACCAGUGGAAUAUGGCCGGUCUUGACGGAGAAGACAAAAGAUCCUUACGCGGCGGUUCUUACAGACGAGACUGACAGGCCUGGCACUGCUCGCAUGCCAGCCCGUGAUCGUGGUGGUCGUAAUGACAGGAUGGCCCAUAGUACAUACACCUAUCCUUUGACACGUAUUUCGCUCUAUUGGCGAUCGUAUCCCUUGUCCCGCUGCUUUGAUCCUCAGACACCACUCAUCAAACUGAAAAGCAACUGCUUGUCUAGCCAUCUGACAACAGCCACGCAGAUCUCGCGCAAUAUGCCAAUCCCAAUCCUGGAUGGCCCAUACGGCGGCGUCCUCCUAGCCUUGACAUCAUCCGUCUUCAUCGUCGGUAUGGAUGCAAGUGUUCAAGACCUCGUCCGAAAUGAAGGAGUCACGCCAGUGCAGGCUGUCUUUGUGCGCAUGAUGAUGACGAUCCCGCCCGUCCUGCUAUACUCGUGGAAAUAUCAACCGGGGGUCUUUCAGCAGUUGAACGUCUUUCCAGCGCCUGUCGAGCCGGUCCUGCCUCAACAUACUGUCGGCGAUGGCAGUCCGAGAGAGAGAGGGAAGACGUCGCCCCUGUUGCGGACCUUGUCUCCGGUGACGGAGGAGCCAGACCGUGAUCACCACCGCGCAAGACUUGUGUGGCUCAGGUCCAUUGUCUGCUCGAUGGGUCUCUUCUGUGCCUACUCGGCCCUCGAGUACGCAGAUCUCUCUGACGUUGUGGCCAUUGUCAACACGCGCUUCUUUCCAGCUGCCGCGCUUUGCUGGUUGGUUCUGGGCGAGAGAUUUGGUUGGCGGAUGGGCAUCUCGGCUGUGGUGUCAACUGCUGCAGUGAUGGCCAUUGCCCAGCCAGCUUUCCUCUUUUCGCCGCCCAAUUUGGGACUCGAUGAGUCGCCAAGGCUCAAUCGGCGAUACUUGGGCUAUGCAUUUGCACUCGGAACCACAUACACCCAGGGCGUGAACAGUACGUCGGACCCCGAGGGUGGAAGCUCGCUCAUCGCUACAGUGCUGAUCAUGCGGAAGGCCGGCAAGAGUGUCAAGGUCAUGAGCUUACUUCUCGCCUACGCCGUGACUGCUUCGAUGAUGAGUCUCCUGCACAUCUGUAUGAGCGGAGCACCGUGGACAGUCUUGGGUACGCCAAUGCUCUACGCCAAAUUUGCGCUGCUCACGCUGGUCUCAUUUGCCUUCCAGAGCUGCUUCAUCAUGGCUAUUCAAAGAGACACAGCUGCUAGGGUUUCCAUCCUCGCUUAUCUGCAGGUAAGCACAGAGCUCGACCUGACUAGACUGAUCGUCUUCGCCAUCAUCGCUCAGACGGUGAUCCACGGAGCAGUUCCGGGAUAUACAAAAUUGGUGGCGAUGGCUGCGAUCAUUUUCAGCGGGGUAUGGCCAAUCGAAGACACGGCGGCCCUCCUCCAAUCUGAAGAGGACGAAGCUGCUGAUACUCCGUGA